AUGUUUAUGUAUAUUUUCCUCUUCUAUUGGUAUUUUAUUUCGUCCGAAUAUGUAUUAAGUAAAUCAAGUAAUUCUGAUUGUUUGAAUUCAUUUAGUAGCUCUGCAUGCAAACAACUGACUAAUAUCGAUUUUAGUAGAACAAGUUCAUUAAUUUUCAAUAAUGCUUCUUUUACUAAAUUAAGUAAUUAUUCAGAUAACUUUGGUCAUUUACUGAAAUUAGCACCUGCUGCUGUUUUAAAACCGGGUAAAGCUAAGGAUAUUGUUAAAUUAAUUCAGUUUGUUUAUCGUUAUAAUUCAAAAUUAAAAAAUAGAAAAACUAAAAUAUUUGUUGCUUGUCGUGGAAAUGGUCAUGCAACAAACGAUCAAAAUUUACUAAAUAAAACGGGUAUAAUCAUAGAUAUGAGUGGAUUAUCAUCGAUUCUACAUAUCAAUACUAAUAAAUUAUGGAUAGAUGUUGAAGCUGGUAUUUUAUGGUUGCAAAUAUUAAAAGCAACGUUAAAAUUAAACCCUCCAUUAUCACCACGUUCUUGGACUGAUGUAUUAACAUUAUCAGUUGGCGGUACGUUAUCGAAUGUUGGUAUUUCAGGUCAAGCAAGUCGAUUUGGUCCUCAAAUUUCGAAUGUAUUAGAACUGGAUGUUAUAACUGGUACAGGUCGUUUUAUUACUUGUUCGCCAACAUCGAAUUCGGCAUUAUUCUAUGCUGUAUUAGGUGGCUUAGGACAAUUUGGUAUUAUUGUUCGUGCAAGAAUUCCACUUCGAAUUGCACCGCUAAAAACACGAACAUACACAGCCGUUUACAGUGAUAUUCAAUCAUUCACAUCGGAUCAAAUAAUGUUUUUGAAUGAUCCAAAAAAGUUGUUUGAUUACGUUGAAGGUUCGAUUAAUGUGUCAUCGAAUCCGUUUACAUUUACAAUUGAACUAGCGAAAUACUACGAUAAUCCAUCUACUUUACCGACAAAUAGUUAUUUAGCUUCAAUUUCACAUUUUAACACCGAUUCAUUAACUGAUGUUGAUUCAACUUAUUUUGACUUUUUAAAUCGAGUGCAAGCAACAGUGGAUUAUUUAAUAUCAAUUGGUGUCUGGGAUUUCCCCCAUCCAUGGUUAGAUUUGUGGUUGCCUGCUUCGAAUAUAACAAAAUUCUAUAAUUCUGCAGUUGCUUCAUCUAAUCCAGUUUUAAUCAAUGGUCCUGUAUUAUUGUACCCAAUUCCGACGGAUUUAAUCAAUUCAAAAACAUCAUUGGCUUUUCCUUCAGAUCCUUCUAAUGUCAUAUUUUUAUUUGAUAUGUUAAGAACGGCAUCGCCUGACCCCACUUUAAUUGCUGCGGCCGAAGCUGAUAAUUUGAGAGUCAAAACUGCUGCAAUCGGCUUAGGUGGAAAAGGGUUAUUUAAUAUUGCAUAUACAAAAGGUGAAUGGAUACAACAAUACGGAUCAAAAUAUGCUCGUUUAUCGAAAUAUAAGAAAAGGUACGAUCCGCUUGGUAUUCUUACUCCGAAUCAACAUAUUUUCGAUUAA